UAAAGCAAAAUCAAUCAAAGCAUAACUUACUAGUCUUGAUCUCACCUUUCAACAAAUAUGGCUUAUUACUACAACCCAUCUUUUUUCUUCUUAUUAUUUGUCACUUUGUUUUUAACAAGUGAUUAUGUAAUUCAAUCAGACGCUCGUCAUCUUCUUGAAAUAACUCUACCUGAGCUUCCUAAGCCCGAACUGCCACAUUUACCUGAAAUCCCAACUUUACCUAAGCUUGAAUUCCCUAAAAUUCCAAAACCUGAGCUACCAACUCUACCAAAGCCCGAACUGCCAAAAAUCCCAAAGCCAGAGUUACCAACAUUGCCAAAACUCGAGAUACCUGUUAUUCCUAAGCCUGAAUUACCAACUUUGCCAAAGCUAGAAAUACCUCAAGUACCUAAAAAGCCUUGAGCGCGAGGUGUAUAAAAUCAUCUUUGCUUCGUUGAAGCAACAUUGUCAAAUUUUUAACACUUCAUUAUGUAAUGUCACCAUAUAUAUGUGU